AGAAGAAGAUGUUCUAGAGAGUUCCAAGUGCAUUGUGGGAACGUCACCGGCACCGGUCUUCCUCUCUAACCUGCAAAAAUGAUGCCCACACCGGUAAUCCUGCUGAAGGAGGGUACAGACACGUCCCAGGGUGUCCCUCAGCUUGUCAGCAACAUCAAUGCCUGCCAGGUGAUUGCUGAGGCUGUGCGCACCACGCUGGGUCCCCGCGGCAUGGACAAGCUCAUCGUCGACAACAGAGGUAAGGCCACCAUCUCUAACGAUGGAGCUACCAUCCUGAAGCUGCUGGAUGUGGUUCACCCUGCAGCCAAAACCCUGGUGGACAUUGCUAGGUCUCAGGAUGCUGAGGUCGGCGAUGGCACCACCUCUGUAACGCUGCUUGCGGCAGAGUUUCUGAAGCAGCUGAAGCCAUACGUGGAGGAGGGGCUUCACCCGCAGACCAUCAUCCGAGCUUUCCGCACCGCCACGCAGCUUGCCGUCAAAAAGAUUAAAGAGAUUGCAGUCACUGUCAGAAAGGAUGACAAGCAGGAGCAGAGACAUUUGUUGGAGAAGUGUGCUGCAACAGCACUGAACUCGAAGUUGAUUGCUGUCCAGAAGGAAUUCUUCUCCAAGAUGGUGGUGGAUGCAGUGAUGAUGCUGGAUGAGCUGCUGCCACUCAAGAUGAUUGGCAUGAAGAAAGUUCAGGGUGGAGCUUUAGAGGAAUCUCAGCUGGUGGCUGGUGUGGCCUUUAAAAAGACCUUCUCCUAUGCUGGCUUUGAGAUGCAGCCUAAAAGUUACGAGAAACCUAAGAUCGCCCUCCUGAACAUCGAGCUGGAACUGAAGGCAGAGAAGGACAACGCUGAAGUCCGUGUCAACAAUGUUGAGGACUAUCAAGCCAUUGUGGAUGCCGAAUGGAACAUCCUGUAUGAUAAGCUGGAGAAGAUCUGCAAGUCUGGAGCCAAAGUAGUGCUGUCCAAACUUCCCAUCGGGGAUGUUGCUACGCAGUACUUUGCUGAUAGAGAUAUGUUCUGCGCUGGCCGUGUCCAGGAGGAGGAUCUGAAGAGAACCAUGAUGGCCUGCGGUGGCUCUAUCCAGACAAGUGCUGGCUCCCUCACUGAUGAUACACUAGGUACCUGCGAGUUCUUUGAGGAGGUGCAGGUCGGAGGAGAGAGGUACAACUUCUUCAAGGGCUGCCCCAAGGCCACCACGUGCACCUUUAUCCUGAGGGGUGGAGCUGAGCAGUUUAUGGAGGAGACUGAGCGAUCGCUGCAUGAUGCCAUUAUGAUUGUACGCAGAGCCAUCAAGAACGACUCGAUUGUGGCUGGAGGUGGUGCUAUAGAGAUGGAGUUGUCCAAAUAUUUGAGGGACUAUUCCAGGACCAUCCCAGGCAAGCAGCAGCUGCUGAUAGGAGCCUAUGCAAAAGCACUGGAGGUCAUUCCCAGACAGCUGUGUGACAACGCUGGCUUUGAUGCAACUAACAUCCUCAACAAGCUCCGGGCCAGACACGCACAGGGUGGAAUGUGGUACGGCGUGGACGUGAACAACGAGGACAUCGCUGAUAAUUUCCAGGCGUGUGUGUGGGAGCCAGCCAUUGUGCGCAUCAACGCUCUGACCGCUGCCUCCGAGGCCGCCUGCCUCAUCCUCUCUGUGGACGAGACCAUUAAAAACCCCCGCGCUAGUGCUGAGGGCCCUUCAGCACCUGGUGGUAGAGGCAGGGGUCGUGGUAGGCCCCAUGCCCACUAGAAUGCUUCAUAUACACACACACACACACACACACACACACACACACACACACACAUGCACCAACCUUGAGCACAGCAGCUCUAUAUAUGUGUAGCCUCUGGACUGUUAGAAGAUCAAAAGGAUGCAGUUAUGGUCCCAUUUUACUUACUAACCUUUUACUGAAUACCUACAAAAUUAUUAGCUGUUUCAUCUGUUGGCUUCCAGCUAUGGAGUGCAAAAGAAAGCGCAGAUUGCUAAAUGCAUCGCUAAUCCUUAUGUAUAUGGUUUUGUAAGUAAAGUGGGAUUUUGGCUGUUUACAUAGCAGCUGCUUGUUUUGUUAUAGUCUGAUUACACACACAAGGACUUUCUGGUUUGUGAAAUUGUAGAAGCACUGAUACUGGACAUCGAGCCAGACUGCAGGAUGUUCCCAUGUUGUCAUUUGGUGGAACUAUUUAUUGGACCAUUAAAAUCCAUACUUUGACAUUUCA